AUGUCUCAAUUCGCAAUCGAAGAUUUAAACAUGCUAUUCCAUCCCACAGAUCUUCGUACGGACGAACAGAAAGCCAUCGGAACCGCAUGUCGGACCUUCCAAGUUGCCCAUUCGGACCUGCACUCGUCAUCUUUGGCGGAGGUUUACUCUGCGCCUGCCCCAAAAGGACAGAAAGGCAGAGUGUGGUGGCAUUCUAACGAUAACGACAAGAUCGAGCAUGUGACAGUAAGAUACAACCGUCGCAAAGGCGGUGACCGCUGCCAUGUUUAUCGUGACGGGAGCGGGAAUAUGAAUCCACACAAACCCAAGAAGACUGCAUCUCGCGCAACAUCCGGUCAAGAGGAAGAAGUCUAUGACUCGGAUUGCACUGUAGAAUUAUUGGAAGGAGAGGAGCCUAGUGAGGACUAG